CUCCAUCACCAUCAUCCCAAAGCGCAUAGAUUGACAAAAUGUCCGCAUCAGGACAACGUGAAAGCGUUUUUCCAACAAGACAAGUUCUUAACGGAACAAAAGGUAGAUUGAAAGGAGCACAAACUGGUCAUUCACUUUUAAAACGAAAAGCAGACGCUUUGAAUAAAAGAUUUAGAACGAUCACAACAAAAAUUGAUGAAGCAAAACGAAAGAUGGGAAGAAUAAUGCAAUUAGCUGCGUUUUCAUUGGCAGAAGUGAAUUAUGCGGCUGGUGAUGUUGGUUAUAUGGUAAGAGAAAGUGUAAAGAAUGCAACUUUCCGGGUAUCAACAAAGGAGGAAAACGUUUCUGGUGUUUUGCUGCCCAGUUUCGAAGCCCAUGCCGAGGGAGGUUCUCAAGAAUUCUCUCUGACCGGUCUAUCUCGUGGUGGUCAACAAGUCAACAAAGCUCGUGAUACAUAUACAAAGGCAGUGAAGACGUUGGUCGAAUUGGCAAGCUUGCAGGUGAGUCCGUGCUUGUUCGCCUUGUUGUCGGAUAAUUUACUGACCAUUUUGUUCUCUCAUGACAGACUGCUUUCGUUGUGUUGGAUGAAGUGAUUCGAAUGACCAUGCGUCGUGUCAAUGCUAUCGAAUACGUCAUCAUUCCUCGAUUGGAAAAUACGGUUUCAUACAUUAUUUCUGAAUUGGAUGAAAUGGACAGAGAAGAAUUUUUCCGAUUGAAAAAGGUCAAAUCAAAGAAAGAACGUGCACAAGAAGAAGAAGAAAAGAAGA